GGCCUGCGCGGGGGGUGGAGGCCGCCCGUCUCCGACAGGUUGGAGAAGCACCCCACUGUGGUUGGGUUUCUGCUCCGCUCGUGCGCCCUCUCGGUUUGGACGAGGGCGGGAAUCGGGUUCCAGGCGGAUGGCCAAACGCGGAAACAGGAGGGACCGACGCAGCCCAGCCAGAAUCGGCCCCGCUCGCGCAACGAUUCCGGCCGCCCCUGAGGGGGCUCGCUAGCGAACUUGGGUCGGCGCGUCGAAAAUGCGGAGGAGGGGCGUUGUGCGUUGCAACUCGUUGCGAAAUUGCAUCCAGAGGCGCCGCCGCCAGUGCAGCACACGCAUGCAUUUGAUGCCCCGGCGUCCUCCUGCUACUUCUAUCGCCACCCGAGACCCAACGGGCGCGCGCGCCGCGCCGUAUUUACGUAGAAGAGGAUAUGGGCCCGCACGCAGGCGGCAAGCCCGGCGCUCUCGGCUCUUGCUUCCGUAGAGGGGGGCCGCUUCCGGCGCGCCUGCCGCCGCCCACGUAG